UGCCCUCUCCCCGCACACACACGGCGAGUCACGUGGUGCCGCGGUGUCGCUCCGGAGGACGGUCACAUGACGUGUGCUGUGUGAGCCCGGCAGGCAGCCUCCUGUGUAGUGUGGUGGCCGCAACCGGCGGUAUGGGCAGCUGCUGAGAGGCGUGCAUACGGGAUACUGGGCGCUGUGGUUUUUUUCCUUCCUUUUCAUUUGCAUUUUUUCCCGUGUGUUCGGCAGCGACGGUGCAGCGGGCGGGACGGGCACUGAGGAAGGGGGGCGAGCAUGUUCCUCCGGGGAGAGGGAGGGCUGUCUCCUAAUUGUGACUGCUGCAGGGAGAGACUAGCUGCUGUUGCAAUCACACAAAGGCUCCGGUACCAGGCAGCGUCGCCAGGGUGCGUGUAGGGCUCACAGCCCUGGGAGAGCAGGAGCGGCUCAUUCAUUCCGCACCGAGCAUUGCAUCCUCCGCACAUCCUGCAUCCAGCGAGCCGGGGCCGCCUCCGGGUGAUCAGAGGCCCCGAUUGCCGCGGCCUGUAUCUCGCCCGGAGCCGGGGAGAUGCGGCAGUGAGACGGCGGAGAAGAUGGGAAUACUGCGCCUGCACGGAGGGAGGAGAAGAGAGAGCCGCCCGUACACUCCGGUCUCAUCCCACCAGCCCCGGGCUGCACGGCCAGGGGGCCCGGGCACUGAGAACACGGGCCCUGCAGGGCCACAUCGCUCCCUCUGAGGAGCACAGCAGGACGGAGAGCUCCCCUGUCUGCCCACCUGCUGCAGGGACCUGGCACCGGGGACGGGGCAUCUCUCCUGCACUCAUUCAUUACUCACCUCCUGGAUUAUUUUAGAACAACAAUCCCCACGGAUUCCUCCCCGCCUUCCCUUUUCUUCCCAAUAACACCGUCCCCACAAGUGCCCUGCUGAGUGCAUUCCCUACGUGACCUCCCCAGCUAUACCUGCACCUACUCUGCUUCAUCCCAUAUCCUUGGGUGACCUCCUCAGCUAUACCUGCACCUACUCUGCCUCAUCCCAUAUCCUGGGGUAUCCUCCCCAGCUAUACCUGCACCUACUCUGCCUCAUCCCAUAUCCUUGGGUGACCUCCUCAGCUAUACCUGCACCUACUCUGCUUCAUCCCAUAUCCUGGGGUGACCUCCUCAGCUAUACCUGCACCUACUCUGCUUCAUCCCAUAUCCUGGGGUGACCUCCUCAGCUAUACCUGCACCUACUCUGCCUCAUCCCAUAUCCUAGGGUGACCUCCCCAGCUAUACCUGCACCUACUCUGCCUCAUCCCAUAUCCUGGGGUGUCCUCCCCAGCUAUACCUGCACCUACUCUGCCUCAUCCCAUAUCCUGGGGUGUCCUCCCCAGCUAUACCUGCACCUACUGUGCUUCAUCCCAUAUCCUGGGGUGAUCUCCCCAGCAAUACAUACACCACCUCUGCUUCAUCCUAUCCAGGGGUGACCUACCCGCAGUACACCUCAUCUGGUUUAUCCCAUAAAGGGAUAACCUUCCCAGCAAUUCCUGCACCUCCUCUGCUUCAUCCCACCCAGGGGUGACUUGCCCGCAGCACACUUCAUCUGGUUCAUCCCAUAAAGAGGUAACCUUCCCAGCAAUUCCUGCACCUCUGCUUCAUCCCAUCCAGGGGUGACUUGCCUAGCAAUACCUACACCUCUGCUUCAUCCCAUCCAGGGGUGACCUCCCCAGCAAUACACCUCCUCAGCUUCAGCACUUCAAAGGCUGUGUGUAUCAGAUUGCAAUGCAUGACUUUCUUUUUCUGGAUAAGGAUUUUGUGCCCGGAGGAAUACAAGAGAAAUUGCUGCUGGGUGUUUUGGUAGAGAUGGUGUCUAGGAAUAUUACAUAUAUCUUCUCCUGACCCAUAGUCUUCUUGAGACCCUGGUUUAUCCCUAUACUCUACUUUUUUUUUUUUUUUUUUGUCUCCCUUGUGUUUCUUUGUGAUUUGCCCCCCUGAGGCAUUGUUCAAUGGAAGUAUGUUACCAGUUGCCGGUGCUGCCCCUGGACAGGCCGGUACCGAAGCAUGUCCUGAGCCGCAGAGGUGCCAUCAGCUUCAGUUCCAGCUCGGCACUGUUUGGAUGCCCCAACCCUAGGCAGCUUUCUCAGAGGCGCGGGGCAAUUUCGUAUGACAGCUCUGACCAAACCGCUUUGUACAUUCGUAUGCUAGGCUCUUGUGUAAUAUUCAAACAGCUGAGUGCAAGGGAUGUCAGAGUAAGAAGCAGAGCCGGCUUUGAAUCUGAAAGACGGGGCUCUCACCCUUACAUCGAUUUCCGCAUUUUGCACUCAAAUUCAGAGCUUGAAAUCUCCUUGUCUGCAAGAAAUAUCAGGAGGUUGUUAAGUUUUCAACGGUACCUAAGGUCCUCCCGAUUUUUCCGUGGUGUUGCUGCACAGAGUUCAUUGUACAUUUUGGAUGAUGAUUACAAUGGGCAAGCCAAGUGUAUGCUGGAAAAAGUCGGAAACUGGAAUUUCGAUAUAUUUCUUUUUGAUAGGUUGACAAAUGGAAAUAGCCUUGUCACUCUAACCUUUCAUCUCUUGAGUCAUCAUGGUCUAAUAGAUCACUUCCACUUGGAUAUGGUGAAACUACGAAGAUUUUUAGUUAUGGUUCAAGAAGAUUACCACAGCCACAAUCCAUAUCACAAUGCAGUGCACGCUGCAGAUGUGACUCAGGCCAUGUACUGUUAUUUAAAAGAACCCAAGCUGGCCAAGGCUCUCACUUCAUGGGAUGUCCUGUUGGGUUUAAUUGCAGCUGCAACGCACGACCUGGAUCAUCCUGGUGUAAAUCAGUCUUUUUUAAUAAAAACAAACCACUACUUAGCAACUUUAUACAAGAAUACCUCAGUAUUAGAAAACCACCACUGGAGGUCCGCAGUGGGCUUGUUGCGAGAAUCUGGUUUGUUUGCACACAUAAGUUUGGAGGAGAGACAACGUAUGGAAAGCCAGUUAGGCUCAAUCAUUCUUGCUACAGACAUUAGUCGGCAGAACGAAUACCUGUCACAGUUCAGGACCCACCUGGACAGAGAGGACUUAUGUCUGGAGAACGCUGGGGAUCGGCAUUUUAUUUUGCAGAUGGCUUUAAAGUGUGCAGACAUCUGUAAUCCAUGUCGGACCUGGGAGCUCAGCAAGCAGUGGAGUGAGAAAGUAACCGAAGAAUUCUUCUACCAAGGGGAUGUGGAAAGGAAAUGUAAUCUGGAUCUCAGUCCUUUGUGCGAUCGGAAUACAUCAAACAAAGCCAACAUCCAGAUUGGUUUCAUCACCUAUCUGGUGGAGCCAUUGUUUGUAGAAUGGGCCAGGUUCAGCAAUACCAGGCUAUCACAGACCAUGCUAGGCCACGUUGGGCUGAACAAAGCCAGCUGGAAGGGAAUGCUGCAGGAACGGUCUAGUAGCGAAGAGGCCGAGCCUGGGUUUGAUGACUGAUCUAUUUUACCUCAGGAAGAUUGUACACCAUGGACCUAGGGAAUGUAUCACAGCAGUGAGUGAUCACAAAAGGUCUUGGUGAGAGAUAAAUUGAUCCUGAUUGCCAAGGUUACACAUUUUUGAAGAAAAAAAAUGCCAGCAUUAUUUAUCUCCAAGUUUCCCUUUUAAUUUUCACAGCUAAUUAUUUUUUUUAAGUUUUUUUUUUUUCUUUUACACAAGAAGACCUGAACAUAGCAAUAUGCACAUACCUCAGUUGGCUUUUGUAUCAAAGCUUGAAUAUGCAAAGCACAGCAAUGACUGUCUGAAACUGCAGGAAGUAUCUUCAUGUGCCACAGGUUUUGGAUUUUUUUUUAUUUUAUUAUGUUGUUUUUUCACACACAAAAAUUGUGUUUUUUAUUUUUGUUUUAUUUAACCUUAAAUUUUAAAGGAAACAUUUUUGUUACCAUUGGAAGAAUAUUUUUGUUUUUCCAGCUUCUGGUGGGAAUUUUCCAGAAUUUGUUGACUGAUGUUCUAACUUCCACUUUGUGUUGAAUUCUUGUUUGGAAAUGUGAAGUGCCCACACUGCUUUGCUGCCUCGGCAAGUAAUGCUGUUUACAAAUACACUGAAAAUAUUGACUGAAGCUUGCCUUGAAGCAUUGGUGUGAAGGAACCACUAACUGGAUUUUUCGUUUUUUGUAUGCUUAUUUAAGAGAACAAAUAUUGACUGCAAUCCUUCCUCUCCCUUAGUGCUACAAAUCUGCGUUUUGGAUACCACAGAUCUUUCCGCGUUUUGCAAUAUUUCCACUAGCUUACAGCUAGGCUUCAGUCCAGAGAUGGGUGAGAAAUUCAGCAGCGUUAAAUUUAGAAAAAAAAUAUGAUUUUUAUUUUUCAUGGCAGAAUGCGGUAACUGUAUCCAGGCUGUUUUUGCAAAGCUACCACGAAACGCAUUGCAUGUUGGAACUUUUUUUUCUUCUUUCCACUAGUGAACACUUGAACUGCACGGAAAAGGUGGAAUUAAUGUAAACACCAUAUUCAGCUCAGGGUAUUUGCCAAUCUGAAAUAAAGAGGGAAGGAAAUUGUCGUUCGGACAAGGGUACAAAUGCCUUUUUUUGCUGCAGUGUGCCUGUGUGUUUGAGUGAGAGGCCUGUAUUGUGUGAGUGUGUGCAUGCGAUUGAUUACGUGUCUGUACCACAGGUUUGGAUACUGCCACACAAUAGCUACUGUUGGACGACAACUUCUAUUAUUUUUAACACUCUAUAGAUGGUGGAAGUUGUAAGUCGGCAGCAGCAGCUGGUGUGGUAGCUCAAAAACCUGUGGUCUAUAACUUUGGUUCAGUUGUCACAGCUAAAGGAUUAGUGAAUUGUAACAAAUUGCUAAAAUGCCUUAAUCUAUGCACAAAGCUAAGUGACCAAACGUGGUGUUGUUUUCUUUUUCUCCUAACAUGUGCGUUUUUUUUCAUUCUUUCUUUUAGUGAACUAGUUUUGUGAGAUUUCGUUGUAGAAUAAAUUGUUUUUAGGACCAGUUGCAGGACUAAUUUUAAACUUAAAACAUUCCAUUAUUUAGUAAUUUUGUUUUAAGUCUAGUGAGCACAACUGUUAUCUAUAUAAAAAGAAAAAAAAAACUGGUGCUUUUUUAGCUAAUUUGUAUUUUCUUUGUUAUUGCUGUUAAAGACUGUUUAUCAUCUGUUUACAGUUUGUUGCAACAGACAUUUUUUGUUUGGGGGGGAGGGGUGAAGGGAAGAUGGCUUAAGCGUAAAGCCAUUUGUACGCGGCUUUGCUAUACUCAUUUUAAUACAUGCCUGUUGCUGUUCAGUUUUGAUGAAUAAAAAUAAAACCAAAACAA